CAAACUACAACUGCCCUGAUUGCUCUGAUCGCUCUAAUCACCCUAACUGUCCUGGCCGCUCUGACUGCCAUGACUGCCAUGACCACUAUCAGUAUUGUUAGCAAGUUGAUGAGCGAAUGUUACCUGGAAAGGCAUCAAGAAGAACAAGAGAACAAUCUCUCUGCAUAA